AUGACGGACAACGGCGAAAAGGUCAACACUAACAUUGUGACGCUGACUCGGUUCUUGAACGAGGAGCAGACCAAGCACAAGGAGGCCAGUGGUGACUUUACCCUCCUCUGCCACGCCCUCCAAUUCUCAUUCAAGUCCAUCGCAUACUACAUCCGUCGCGCAACGCUCGUCAACCUCACCGGUCUCGCCGGCUCCUCCAACACCACAGGCGACGAGCAAAAGAAGCUCGAUGUCAUCUCCAACGACCUCUUCAUCGAAGCCAUGCGCUCUUCCAACAAGUGCGCGCUGCUCGUCUCCGAAGAGGAAGAAGACAUCAUCUACUUUGAAAACGCCACGGGAGCCCGCUACGCAGUCGCUUGUGACCCCAUCGAUGGCUCGUCCAACCUGGACGCCGGUGUCUCCGUCGGCACCAUCUUUGCCGUCCACAAGCUCCCCGAGGGCUCCAAGGGCUCCAAGGAGGACAUUCUCAAGCCGGGCACCGAGCUGGUCGCAGCUGGGUUCACCAUGUAUGGCGCCUCUGCUCAGCUUGUGCUCACCAUGAAGGACAGCUCCGUCAACGGCUUCACGCUCGACAAUGGCAUUGGCGAGUUUAUCCUGACGCAUCCCAACAUGCGUAUUCCCCGAUCGAGGGCCAUUUACUCCGUCAAUGAGGGUAACUCGCUGUACUGGGAGGAGAACACCAUUGGAUACUUUAACUCGUUGAAGCAGGCGCAGUCCAAUGGCAAGCCUUACUCUUCGAGAUAUAUCGGCUCCAUGGUGGCUGAUGCGUACAGAACGCUGCUGUACGGUGGUAUGUUUGCGUAUCCUGCGGAUAAGAAGAGUCCCAAGGGGAAGCUGCGUAUCUUGUAUGAGUGCGCACCCAUGGCCAUGGUCUUUGAAAAUGCUGGUGGCCAAGCUAUCGACAGCAACAUGAAGCGCAUGAUGGAGGUCAACCCCGAGCACAUCCACGACCGUUCGGGUAUCUUCAUGGGCAGCUACGACGAGAUUGAAAAGGUCAAGGCUUUCCACAAAUAA